GUGAAAUGUUGCACGACAUGAGGGAAAACUUGCAAACUGAUACACAAAACAUAAAACUUUUCGUUGCAGUAUAUUUAUCGACACAAUUUGGGAUUCCAUUGUGGUUACUUUUACGAAUGAUGAUUAGUCUGGUGAUCGGUAAGACGACUUUGCAGUUGUGGCGGGCAUGUUUCAAAGCGAGAGAGAGAGAGAGCGAAAAGCUAAGAGAACUAUAAACACGUCAGAUGCCGUUAUUGGCACGAUCCCGGUGGUUGGAGCGUUUUUGGACAUGUUCUACAAGGCGAAUCUCUGGAACUACGAAGCACUACAGGAUUAUUUGGAUCACAUGGAUAUGGCAGCUGCGAGCGCUGCAGCUUCUUCCACGGGGCCUACGACAUCGGCAGGCUCGUCAGCAUCAGCAGCAACAUCCAAGCGAUAUCAAGACAUUGCCACGACGGAAAUCUCGUGGGCGCAAUUGUUAUAUGAUACGAGACAUUUAGCCACAACUCUUAUAGCUUGGAUCUACCCAACAGGUGCUAGCAAAAUGAACAAUAAAGACUGAUUGUUUAUUAUCAUUGAUAAAUGUUUCAUUGAAGGGGGGGAUAUUAAAAAUGACUUGGGUGUCUUGUGUACACGAAAGCAAAUUCAAAAGAUAUACAAUAAAUGCGAGAGAAAAGUUAACGUUGGAAUUGUGUGCUGUGAGCG